UCCAUAUUUAAGAAAAAAAAGCACCGAUUUUUUGGGAACUCAGGUGUCUAUGGCAUGCAGGCCAGGAUGGUGUUGGGUUCAAUUUUGUUAUAGCUUGAUCAUGUUUUUAAUCAGUGUUUGCAUGGUUGUGCUGUAAUUGGCUGAAUAUUGAGUGUAGAUAAUGUGAUUGGAGAAGGUUUUGGAGGUGUUUUUUAUUCACACAUUUCAAUUUUUUCCUUAUUUCUUUUAUUUGUUCGAAUUUCCUUUUGCGAAAGGAGAAAUUGUAGGUUCGAUGCUUGCGUCUGUGAUCCUUCCUGAUCAGAUAUGUGGAAAAAGGCAUGGAAAUUUGGCUGUUUGAUUUUGUGACUUGGAUUUUUUCAAAGUUGCUCGAUGAAGUGUUUCGAACUCUGCAAAGUUGAGAAAAAUGAAACGAACGACACUCAGAAGACAAACUCAUCGUGCUCCCUAUUUUCCCUUUGUAAAAUGAGGCCUUCCGUACUCACAUUCAUCUCCCGAAACAGAUCAGACCCGAGAGCCGGGCCCAUAGGAAAUAGCCCGAGCCCGAAUUUAUCGAGCAGGCCCAAUAAUCUAAAGGUCUUUACUUUAUCCGAAUUAAAACAAGCAACUAGAAACUUCAGCAUGUCUGCCAAACUCGGUGAAGGUGGGUUCGGGUGCGUUUUCAAGGGCAUUAUCGGUAGCUCACACGAUCCAGCCAAGAAAAUCAAUGUGGCUAUUAAACAACUGGGUAAAAAGGGUCUGCAGGGCCACAAAGAAUGGAUGACUGAGGUAAAUGUUGUGUGUGGCGUGGACCACCCGAACCUCGUGAAGCUUAUUGGCUACUGUGCAGAGGACGAUGAAAGAGGAAUCCAACGUCUGCUCGUUUACGAACACAUGCCGAAUGGAAGUGUGGCGGACCAUUUAUCGUCUAAUUCGAUUUUCGCUCUUUCUUGGCAAACGAGGCUGAGGAUCGCCUUAGAUACUGCUUGUGGGCUCACGUACCUUCACGAGGAAAUGGGUUUUCAGAUUAUCUUUAGGGAUUUCAAAUCUUCGAAUAUUCUCCUAGACGAGCAUUGGAAUGCCAAGCUGUCGGACUUUGGGUUGGCUCGAUUGGGCCCUUCGGAAGGAAUGACGCAUGUGUCGACCGAGGUGGCGGGGACCAUGGGGUACGCUGCCCCCGAGUACGUGCGAACGGGCCACCUCACGUCAAAAAGCGACGUCUAUAGCUACGGUGUAUUCCUCUUUGAGCUCAUCACCGGCAGGCGGCCCCUCGAGCGCAACAGGCCCAAGCCCGAGCAAAAGCUCCUCGUUUGGAUCAAGCCCAACCUCAAGAGCCCAACAAAAUUUCGCAAGAUAUUGGACCCAAGGCUCGAUAGGGAACGAGCCCUUGAGUCGGCCCUUCGGCUCUCGAUCGUGGCCAGCCGGUGCAUGGUGAAGCAGCCGAAGGCCCGGCCCGAAAUGAGCCGGGUUCGGGAGAUGGUUAGUGAAGAGGUCGAGGCGUAUAUUAAGGGUGAGAGGAUAAUGGGCUGUGGUGGGCCCAAAGGCCGUGCACGGCCUGCUAAGCUCUCGAAAACUUUAGUGGCCCGGUAAGUUUAUACGAAUAGUAAAGUCGGAUUUGGCGGGCAUUUUGCGUGUUUUUUUCGAAUUUUUGAAGAUAUAAAUAAAAUAAUAGUUGGUUGCUAGUGUUGUUUUGAGAAGUGUGAGACCAUAGUACAAAUUUGGAAAAAAAUUUCAAUUAGAGUUUGUUUUUCGGGUGAAAAUCUAUAAUAAUACCCUUGUUUUCGUGGUAAUUGGGCCAAACGUUCAAUAGUACUUUUGGGUUUGAAAGACUCUGGCAAGUAUAUGAGGUCCAGCCAGCCAAUUUCAUGCAGG